AUCAGAUUAAUCGAUAAACUGUAGGUUACUUGGCAGUUCUAACACAUUAAAAAAUUAUGAAAAUAAAACGAGUAGGCCCUGACUUUUCUUUUGAAAAAUAUCACGUAAAAAUCUGCCUUUGUCAGAAUCGGAGUUUGAUUCCUUUGAAAUCAGCUAUUCAAGUGUAAUAACAUUCUAAAUUCUUCUAAAAUGAACGGCAAUUGGAAGACUCUUGACCAGACCAUGACUGUCGAGGCCAUUGCGGCCAUCAAGUCCAAGCGUCUGGCGAUGAAGAACUUACUCGAUGAGGAGGGCAAGCGGCAAGAGGAUGCUGCAGCGCAAGACGGAUCGCCAGGAGCAAGAGCAGCAGGCGGAGAUUUGCAGGCAGGCCAUGGAGCGCGAGAGGCAGCCCCGCAGCCGCGAGGAGCAGCUGCUGGGCAAGAAGGAGCUGCCCGGAGUGCUGCAGUGCCUGGCGGUCUUCUACGAAGCCGAGAGGAGUCGCAAGGUGUCCAAGCUGGACGAAGUGCCGGUGGUGCCGCCCCAGCUGGAAACAGAGGAACGGCCGCCGAAGAGCAAGUACAAUCGCUAUGACCAGGAGAAAUUCCUCAAGGGCCAGCAGGAGUUUGGCAUCAAUCCGCAGGGUAGUCACCUGGAGAAUGUCAAGUCCGAAUUCGUUAGGCUCAAUCGGCAGGGCAGCCACAUUGAGAAGACUAUGCCUACGAGCUUUAGUCCGAAAAUAGCCAAGACCGCUGAAAAAGUGGAGCGCCGUCUUAAGAUUGUUCAUUACCACGCCCGAAUGCCCAUAAUUGUGGUUCCGCAGGCCCUGACCAGUCUAAUCACCCUGCACAAUGCCAGGCAGCUUCUUCAGGAGAUGCGCUACGUUUCGGUUGAGCAUGCUCGCCAGAGCUACCGGCCCUCCAGGCCCCCCCAGUUUUCCGACGAGGUCAUCAUCCAGCGACGCUUUCAGGACGAACUUGUGAGCUACCGGAUCAUCGACGUCGUGACCCGCCUGACCUCCGAGGAGUGGGUGCGGGUGGCCGCCGUGUUCGCUUUGGGUCCAAACUGGCAGUUCAAGGGCUGGCCGCUGGGCACAAGCCUGGCCGACAUCUUCCAGCAGGUGUGCGCCUUUCACCUGUACUUUAAGGACUCGCCCCCGUGCAAGGAGCUGCAGAACUUGCCGGUAAACAUGCUCGCCCUGUCGCUGAACGAGCGGCACUCGGACUGCGGCAUCCUGACGGAGUUCUGGAACAAGCUGGACCUUCACAUGGCCGUCCGUCACCGUCAGUUUGCGUUUGUGAAGCAGAAGUAGGGUGCUUACUUUCCUCUCGGCACACACACACAAUUAGAUAGAGAUAAGCAGGGAAAUCAAUAAAUGAAAUUGAAUAGCCCAGAACAAAGGACGAAGGACGUAGACCCAAACCCACAUACACCAUACACACACAUGGGGCGUUGCUGCGAUAAUAAAAAGUGAACGGGCGCAUCAGAAAAAUAUAUCACGUUUGUAUAAAAAUCAUAUAAAAACGUUGCGAAAACUGCAAACUUGGCAAGAAAAUUAAGAGCACAAACAAGUCGGAAAAUGAGGGAAAAGAAGGGAACUUGGCACGCGUGAGACAAAAGCUAAAUGACACACAAAGGAGCAGUUGUGUGUGGGUGUGAGGGUGUGCCAGUGUGGGGGUGUACUUAUGUAAGUCACUGUGCGUCCCACAAAACGUAAAGCUGUCAACGGCGUUCAGAGUGAUGGGGAAAAACAAAAAAUGGGGUGGCUAUAAAGACAGGAGACCCACUAAGAAGAGCGGUGGGCGCAAUAAAAAUCACUGGGAAAAUAGCAAUUUUUAUACACCACACACACACACCCACAUGUGUUUGUAUUUAAAUAAAAUGCGUGCCAAGGCAUUGACUUGUGUGUAUGUGUGUGUGAAGUAGGAUUUGAAGCAAUUGGCAGGCGAUAAAGGAUGCCAAAAGGAAAUGCACUAAACGAUUUAACA